AUGCACAUCAAUCAAGUUUAUGUAGAUCUUGUUAAUGAAAGUAAUGGACCACACAAAUGGUGGCAUCACCGCUGGGUUAAAAUAAUCGGCAUUUCCGUUAUUAUUUUAAUAGUUUUUGCUGUUAUUCUUGCUCUGUUAUUAAACUUCGUCGUCUUUGCAUCGGAGAAAUCAGAACCUAGUACCACCACUACAACAUCAUCAUCAUCAUUAACGCCAACAACAGCAAUAUCAAGCCCACCAUCACGAACAACAACAACACCAUUAGCAACAUCGACCACAACUUUAACACAAACGUCAUCUACGACGAAAAAUCAGCAGUCUGAAUGGUCUGCUACCGGUAAUAUGAAUAAUGCACGUUAUCAUCACACAGCAUCUGUAUUAUUAAAUGGAAAAGUAUUAGUUACUGGUGGAGUAGACAAUUUUGAAUUAAAUAGUGUUGAGCUGUAUGAUCCAUCAACAGGCACUUGGGCAACUACUGUUAACAUGACUAAUGGGCGAACUGAGCACACAACAUCCUUAUUACCAAAUGGAAAAGUAUUAGUUACUGGUGGAUUUGACAAUGGUGGAUUUGACAAUGGUGCUGAAUUGUAUGAUCCAUCAACAAGUACUUGGACAACUACUGGUAAUAUGACUAAUGCAAGAGAUUCUCACAGAGCAUCUGUAUUGUUAAACGGAAAAGUAUUACUUACUGGUGGAUUUAGUCAUGAUUCUGGUUAUUUAUACAGCGCUGAACUGUAUGAUCCAUUAACAGGCAGUUGGACAACGACUAGUGACAUGAAUAAUGCACGAUAUUAUCACACAGCAUCUGUAUUAUCAAAUGGAAAAGUAUUAGUUACUGGUGGCACUG